AUGUUCAGGACGGCCAAUUACCCGACGGUGGAUCCUGCGCCCACCAUCAUGCACGGUACGUGGUUAACCACGGGGUGCCGAGAAAACACGCCCGUGGCUGUGGAGAAACCCAAGAAAAAGGCGUUCAGCUUGGUCAAAAUAAUGUCUCUGAGCAACAAGAAAGGGCACGGCAACCAUCCGCACCACAACAACAACAUACCCUUUACGAUCCACUGUCACAUCGGGAAAGAGAUCAAGCACAUUUGCAGCAACUGCAGCCGCGGGAACGACACACAGGACGCUGAGGAGGUAGAGAGGCUGGCCGCUAUGCGUGCUGAGUCCUUGGUCUCCGGUACCCACACUCCACCCAUCCGUCGUCGGAGCAAGUUUGCCACUCUGGGACGCCUCCUGAAGCCAUGGAAAUGGAGGAAGAAGAAGAGCGAGAAGUUCAAACAGACCUCCGCUGCGUUGGAGAGGAAGAUGUCAGUGCGACAGAGUAGAGAUGAACUGAUCAAGAGAGGGGUGCUGAAGGAGAUCUUUGAAAAAGCAACUGUUGAAUUCAGAUCCUCAAUGGAUGGCGGCAUCUGCACUCAGGAGCCCUCUAUGAAGUCAUCUAUGGUCUUGCCCACCAAGAAAUCUGUCACCUAUUUCGGUGAUCUUCAGGAUACCCCAGCCAAACUUCCGCUGUACCACAAGCAGCCUCCUGCUCUCCCUCCAAAGCCCUUCUCUAGGAUCCCAAACCAUAGCACAGAUUCUUGCCAGCCAAUGAAGUUGCCCUUCAUGCCCGGGGUGAAGCACUCCCCUCCUCUGCCUCCCAAGAAAGUGAUGAUUUGUGUGCCUCCAGGGGGGCUGGACUCCACCACUUCCCCUUCUCUAUCCCCCAACCCCCUCAGCACACUCUCCCAAAAGUGUGCCCCUCCCCAGGGCAUGCUAAACCACCACAGCACCCUGCUGCCCUCCCAACUCGCCUGUCUAUCCAGUCUUCACCAGAGUCACGGCCAUCCGCUCCAGCUUCAGUACGGCAGCUUGCAUGCACCCAGCCGCAUCAUCGAGGAGCUCAAUAAAACUCUGGCACUCUCCAUGCAGAGGUUUGAAAGUUCUCUAUUGCACAGUGGUGGUCAGUGUAUGCCACUGGACAGAAGAGAAGUGCCGUCUGUGAUCAUCGACUAUGAGGACGACAAAGAGAACAUGCCCGAUGAGUCUGACUACGAAGAUCUACCCAGCAUGUAUAAGGAUGAGGACAGUGAUGUGGAUGAUGACGAGGACGACGAUGAAGAUGAUGACUCCAUAUUUACAAGUACCCUGGCUCAGAAGGUGCUGAGGAAAGACUCUCUGGCCAUCAAGCUGAGUAACCGUCCAUCCAAAAGAGAGCUGGAGGAGAAAAACAUCCUGCCGAUGCAGACAGAUGAGGAGAGACUGGAGUCUAGGCAGCAGAUAGGCACCAAACUCACCAGGCGCUUGAGUCAGAGACCCACAGCGGAGGAGCUAGAACAGAGGAACAUCCUCAAACCUCGCAAUGAGCAAGAGGAAAUGGAGGAGAAGAGGGAGAUAAAACGAAGGCUAACAAGAAAGCUGAGCCAGAGGCCCACUGUAGAGGAGCUGAGACAGGCCAAAAUUCUCAUCCGAUUCAGUGACUACGUGGAAGUUUCAGAUGCCCAGGACUACGACAGGCGGGCGGAUAAGCCCUGGACCCGGCUCACGGCAGCUGACAAGGCUACUAUACGUAAGGAACUCAACGAUUUCAAGAGCAAUGAGAUGGAAGUGCACGAGUCAAGUCGCCAUUUAACCAGGUUUCACAGACCAUAG